AUGCAGCGUCGCAAGCUGCCCUCCAACGUCGUUGCCCCCUCGGCCGAGCAACGAAUUUCUCUCGUGUCGCGGCAUCUUAAUAAACCUUCUUCCUCCCCCUCCCUGCCCUCCCCCUCUUCCCCAGCUAUCUCCUCCCACAAUCAGAUCCGACCAGUCAGCACCAUGUCGUCUCAACCAGAACACGCAACCCUUCUCAUUCCGGGUCCCAUCGAGUUUGACGAUGCCGUUCUCCAGUCCAUGAGCCACUACAGUGAGAGCCACGUCGGCCCCGCUUUCGUGUCCGUGUUCGGCGAGACACUUACCCAGGUCCGCCAGCUCUUCCAGACGACCGACCCCUCUGCGCAACCCUUCGUAAUCUCUGGAUCAGGCACGCUGGGCUGGGACCUCGUGUCGGCCAACCUGAUCGAGGCCGGCGAGAGCGCUCUGGUGCUGAGCACGGGCUAUUUCAGCGAUAGCUUCGCGGACUGCCUGAAGACGUACGGCGCCGAUGUGACCAAGAUUGACGGCCCCGUCGGCGGACGCCCUCAGCUCCCCGAGAUCGAGAAGGCCCUCUCCCAGAAGAAGUACAAGAUCAUCACUGUGACGCACGUCGACACGUCGACGGGCGUGCUGAGCGAGCUCAAGGACCUGACGGCCCUGGUCAACAAGGUGUCGCCUGAGACGCUCGUCAUCGUCGACGGCGUGUGCAGCGUCGCGUGCGAGGAGAUUGCGUUCGACGCAUGGGGUCUGGACGGUGUCAUCACUGCCAGCCAGAAGGCCAUCGGUUGCCCUGCCGGUCUGUCCAUCUCCAUGUUCAGCGGCAAGGCGAUGGAAGCCUUCAAGAACAGGAAGACGCCUCCUUCUUCUUACUUUGCUUCCAUGAAGAAUUGGACCCCUAUCAUGCAGAGCUACGAGGCCAAGAAGCCUGCCUACUUUGCCACGCCCUCCCCCCAACUCGUCCGCGCCCUCAACACGUCGCUCAAGCAGAUACUGUCCAAGCCCCUGGCCGACCGGUUCAAGAAGCACAUCGAGGUCUCCGACUACGUCAAGAAGACGGUCAAGGACCUCGGACUUGAGGUGGUGGCCACCAAGCCCGAGGACCAGGCCCACGCCAUGACGGCCAUCUACCUCCCCGAGAACGUUGCCAUCCCCGACAUUGUCCCCAAGCUGUCCAGCAAGGGUGUCAUCUUUGCCGGCGGCAUCCACAAAGCCAUCGCUACGAGGUACAUUCGUUUCGGGCACAUGGGCAUCAGUGCCAUGGACGACAGCCGUGGUGACAUUGAGAAGGCCAUGAACGCUUUGAAGGCCAGCCUGUCCGAGUGCGGAUUCCAGAAGGCUUAG